AUUGGUACAUUGAUCAUUCACCCUCCAAUCAUCAAUCACGCUGUUGUGGCUAGAUUAACAAGUAAGAGCAAUAGACAAUAUAACAGGGUAAUGGUUUCAAGUGGAAAUAGGUAAGGACAAUUACGAAAAACUUUUCCUCAAUACUAAUUUAUUCUAAACCUACUACUACUACUCUUUUUACAUUGCAAGGCUACCAAAAUUCAGAAGAAGAAAAAUAUACACCACUUGAGCACACUUCUUUUUCCAUAGCUACUUAAUCUACAAAAAUCAACAUUUAUAUUUUUCCUCUGACUGCAAAGCAAUAGAAAAGAAUAAUAUAACAAUAAUGUUAUGCAUUGAUUCAUAUAUAUGUAUAUAUACAAUUAGUGAAAAUUUUAAAUAAUGUACAAUAUGCUUCAUCAUAAAAAAUCUUUAUAGCAAUAUAAUUUCAAAUACUACAUCUUUGGGAGAGAGAGACAGCGAAUCAGACACCUAUUAUGCUCAGUAUUGGGCCCAACCUGGAAUGAGUUUAAUAGAUGCAUAACUACAUUAUAAGUAUGUUGUAAAUAAUUUUUUCAUAAUAUGAAAAAAUACACUAAUUAGUGAAUAAAUAGUGUUGCUCUACAGAGAAAAAGCAAAUUAAUAAUAAUUUGCAAUAUGCCAAAGAGAAAAAAUCUGCAAAUUAGUGAAAUUUCCCUGUGGAAAAGUGAAUAUAUAAUGUUUCAUAAAAAUCUGUGAUAAAGUGGAGCCCAGAAAUGUGAAAUGCCUUAAACUGGUAGUUUGGUAGUUAAAAUACUGCUCAGGCCGGGGAAGCUCUGCCCACCCGAGAGUACGCCAGGGUGACCAGACGUCCCGUGACAGGAUUGUCCCAUAUUUAUGACAUCUGUCCCAAGUCCUGUAUCGACCCUCCCUGGGACGCCUUAUGUCCUGUAUUUUCAAUAUUCAAAAGAAAAAAAAAUACAAUAUACUAGUGAAAUUUUGCAAAAUAUGGGGUAAAGGCGGUCGCCCAAAUUGGCAACAGUGCAGUGGGCUAGCAUCAGUGUGAUUGCUGCACGACUCAUCACUCGGUGUUAAAUGGUCACUUGUCUCGUCUGAGAGCACGUGAGGGCAAGCCUGGCGAGUGUCAAGUGAGAAUGAACAAAUCUGUGUUGGUAUUUUGAUUUUUUAAACAUAGGCAGCAUGUCCUACAAAAAAGUGAAGCAAGAAUGUACUUUUAGACCAGAGUGGCAAAAUGACAUUAAUUUAAAGUAAUGGCUCGUCCCCCCAAAACAACAACAAAAGCGGACCAUACUGCAAAAUAUGUUGGAAGAAUUUUAGCAUUACACACGGUGGACUGAGUGAUGUGCAACAGCAUGGAUCAACACAGCAGCACAAAUAAAAAAAACAAGCAGCUUAAGCUGGAGCAGUGUUAGGAAUAAGAUCAUUUUUCCCAUCCAAAAAUUCUACAGAGGCAGAAAAGGAAAAUGGUCUCCAUAACACUGCUUCUUGCAACAGUCUGUAGUAUGCAUGGAUUAACGAAGUCUCUUCCUCAUAAUGUUAUUGAGAAGCAGAAUACUAUGGAUUCAACGAAUGAGGAGAUUAUUCCAACUUAUGGACCGCCUUAUCUCUUAGUACCAAGAGAGGAGAGGAUAUUACGUACGCUCCUACAAAUGAACUCGCACCUCUGGUCUGAAGCUACUUCGCCACCAACAGCGGUUAAACCACAUGAUACAAGCUCACCUGAUUUAUCCAACCUUGUUAAAAAUGCCAAACCUGUGAGAAGAGAGGCUAAUGAGACACCUUUACUAAAUACAGAGCCACUCUUACAACCAGCAGCGUCUAGAUCAUGGCCCAGCUCAGAGAAUAACUCUGAAACUCACAAUAGCAGACUGACUGUGUGGAACUUGACCAGUUUCGGGGAUGUUGGUAGGGUUGGACAUAUAUCAGACAACAUCGCUUUACCUGAUGGGGGAGUAACUCUGAAGGGACUUCCUGAUGUCAUUGUGUUGCCUCCACAAUGGGGGAACCGGUUUCCAGAUAGGAUAAAAAAUGAAGACGACAAGCAACCAGAUUUUCAACUGUCCCGAAACACUUACGAAGCCCAGAGUACACCACAGAGAGAUAAUAUUGCCUCGAGUGAUAGUCUUCAAACCCAAUUCAUUCCUGAUCAUUCUUACCAGUCACUGGUAAAAUCACCAACACCCAGAAAUCAAACACAUUUUGCUACCCAUUCUCUUGUUACCGACAUGAACAAUGAUAAGGAUGCACAGUUAACAUUCUCUGUGCCUGACUACGCAAUAAAAAAUAAAAUAAUCACUGAUGAUAACGUGGCAUAUCCAAAAGUAGUAGAGAUGGAGUCAUCCAGCGACUCUGAUACAUUGCCAAUGAACUUGUCUUUACAGGGGAAAAUUCUUCUACCAGAGCCAAUCAAUUCAGAGAGGAAUGAAGAUGGCGACGGUUAUGGUAAUCUACACCUAGCUCUGCCACUCCCCAAUAAUCCCAUAAUAUCCAUGUUGCUUAACGAAGGUCUCAUGAACUUAGAAUUAGUUCCUCGCGCAGAAAGUAGCUCUGAAAUCGUAAACAAACCUGAAACAAAGAACAGUGUAUCAGGCCUUGUAGAACCGCCACCACAUCACUUAACUCCUAUUGGUUCAUCCAACAAUCAUAUCAAGAUGAGACUUUCAAAUUCGACUGAUGGCAGACCUGAGGAGCAAGUGCAAGCGAGUGCGUCACACGACCCAUCUAGACCUAGCACUACGAGGCUUGUGGAAGGUCUGUUCGAUAAAAAUAGAGCAGUGGGCCAAUUGGUCAUGGGUAUGGUUGAAGAUAUCGGAGACAUCUUUGAGACGGCCAUUGAGGAACAAACCAGAGCAGCAGUCGAUGCAGCCAACGGGGUCAGAGGCUUCAUCAGAGGAGUAAACAUUGACGUCUUGAAUUUCCUUUUGAGCUCUGGAGAGGCGCUGAGAGAUUACAUGGAUGGUGAGAGCUAUUCUGGCAGAGCUGAUCAUCAUCUUCCUGCAUCCAACGAGACAGAGUCUUCAUGAAGAUACGGCGAUGACAGUAUAUCAGAAGGGUACCCUCAGGGAGUUGUAUAAUGACGUAAAUACUAUGGGUUUGCUGUCUUCCACACAGUGAAAUUGCAACAUUUGGUUAACUCGAUCUCGAGCUAAAUGAUGAACAAUAUUCUGCAUUGUUUCAGACGAAAGUGUGUAAGAUUGUUUAUGAAACCUUACUUUUCGUUGUUACUGUUCAAUAAUCAAGUGACUGUCAUUUAAGGUGUAUCAGUGUUUCCAAACAUCCUUAAUUAAAUAUAUAAUUGUAAUAAUACACAUGGCCAUAAUGUUAUGUGCUGAGCUAUGUAACCUUAUUUUACAAACUGUCAUUAUUAUUAUCAUUAUUCUUAUCACAGUCAUCCUAUUCGAUUGGUUGUUAUAGUGGGGUUCGGGCUUACAUCCUGCCGCCUUAGGAGUCCAUCACUUUUCUCACUAUGUGCGCUGUUUCCAGUGGCACACUUCUACACGAGGCCUGGAGCUACUUCGGCAUAUAUUUUAUUAUUAUUAUUAUUAUUAUUAUUAUUAUUAGCAGCAAAAUUUGAGUGUAACUGUACAUUAUUACCUUUCAUCCUAUUUAUCUAAAUUUUUAUACUGUACUGUAUCUGCCUUGUGGAUCUGUAAUUGAAACAAAAGAUGUUAUUGCUACCUCGGAUAAAUUGGAGGCACUUCUAGGGUGUAUAGUUUACUGCUAUGCCCAUCCCACCCCCAAAGAUGUACCGAUAUCUUUUGUCUCCUAAAAUACUGACCAGAUCCGAUGUUGCAUGAUUUUGUCGGCCGUUUGUAGUA